AUGAUGAGACUGGUUGAUGACAGAGACGAGGAGACGAAUACGCAGGAGAAGCAACAGCGGGAGCAGACCCCCUGGGAGCAGCAACAGAAGCAGCAACAGCAGCAGGAGGAGUACUUGAGGGAAGGUGCAGCAGCUGAGUCCGGACCGUCAGAUUCAGAUAUGCCAGGCACGGGGCACAUGUCCCAGAUGCAAAGCACGCUGGUGUCUCGCCUGCUGGUGAUCUGCUACGACCAUCACAGCCUGGAGUUCUGCUGCUCGCUCCGCCUGCACUGCUUCCUCGACACACAGGAGGAUGUUCCGAAGAGUGAGAGGGACGACUUCAGUGGCGGGCAGAAGAAAUUCAUGACCCCCUCCUAUCUGCACCUGAUGUGGAGGCGGCUGCAUGUCAUCAGGCAAAUCCUAUCUUUGAGAUUUGAUGUGAUCUUCACAGACAAUGACGUGAUGUGGCUACAGGUGGGUGGCAGUGACGUCAUGUGGGUGCAGAACCCCCUUCCUCACCUGCUCAACGUCUCAUCAGACAUGCUCAUAGCAUGCGAUCGCUGGUCGGCAGAUCCCAAGGCGGCAGCAGCCAAUGGGGGGUUCUACAUGGCUCGCAGCAACGACCGUGUGUUGCGAUUCUUUGACUACUGGCUCAAUGCACACACCCGCUUCCCCGGUAUUCACGACCAGGAUGCAUUCAUGCGGGUGCGACCCGAAGCAGACCCAUACACUCGUGAUACUCUCCGUCUCUCCGUCCACUACCUGCCGACGGACCGCUUUGGCGGUUUCUGCGAGAUGGGGCGGCAGCUGGGGCGGCUGGUCACUGUAAAUGCCAACUGCUGUAUUGGACUGGAGGAAAAGAUGCGAGCGCUGCAGCAGGUGGGUUAA